AAAUGAUUGGUUGUCGCCGUGACGUCAUUCAUCUCCCACUUCCGCGUUUCUGGCUUGUUUACGCUAAAGCUAAGCUAAACGGUCAGAUCGGUGUUUUCUGAACAUGUCGGAGCAGAAAACAGAAAAUAUCAGUUCAGUCCCCAUCGACGGGUUCAGCAACUUAAGAAUAACAUCGAUAUGGACGUUUCUUAUGUCCGUGCAGUGGUCGGAGCCUUGGCUUAUCGGGCUCUUGGUGUUUCAUGGUGUGUGUUUGUUCCUGACUUUAAUAACCUGCAGGUUCUACAGAGCUCAGAUCUGCCACUUUCUGCUCAUAGCUGGCCUUGUUUACAGCGCUGAAUAUCUAAAUGAGCUGGCUGCCUUGAACUGGAGGUCCUUCUCUGAGUUCCAGUACUUUGACUCUAAAGGCAUGUUCAUAUCACUUGUCUACUCAAUUCCUCUUCUGCUCAAUGCAGUCGUCAUCGUGAUGGUGUGGGUGUACAGAACCUUUUCCACCAUGGCCGAACUCAAGACGCUUCAGCUGAAGAGAAAGGCCCGUCGAGAGAAGAGAGAAAAGACUGACUGAUCCCACGCUUUAUGUCCAUACAUGGAGCUCAUUUGGAAGAAUUAAGAAUCUCUUCUCUGCUAAUCCUGACUUUUGGAAAAGGGAAGCAGAUUUCUUGUGACUUAAAAGGGAUUAUUGUCUCAUGGUGGUAAUAUCAGAUACUUUGUGCUGUCAUAAAUGUUAGAAGACGCCGCAGAGCGUUAACAUUUAACACCAUGGAGGUUAGAAGACCAAAGAUAUUUGUUUUGAAUUUAAUGUUUCAAAAUCUAACAUGAACAUUUUUAUUUUGCUGUUUAAUCCAAGGUUUGCAGAUAAGAUUUAAAACUAGACGGGACUAGACUGGCACUGGUGCUGAGUCCAUCACAUCUAAAAACAAUUAACUUUUUUUUCUCGUCCACAAUAAAGUUUUUUUGUGGAAAAACACCUACUUUUACAGUUGAUUAAACUUUUUGUCUUUUUAUGAUCGUUUUUUGUUUGUUUUGAGCACUAGGUUUUUUUUUAACUGACUAGAGAAACUGCAUUUCCUGCCAAAAUGUAGCGUGAAUGCUCAUUGCCAAAUAAUUUUGCUGAAAGCCAAGUCAAGCUGAAAGAGUUUAGUAGCAAAACUGUAAACAGCUGACUUUUGCAGAGAGUAGGAACAGAAAAGAGAAAAGUCGGAAUAAUAUCAAAGCUGAACAGAGAAGAAUUUGAGCUAAAAUUACAAAGAAAAUCAGCUUAAAAACAGAAAAAAAGUUUAAACUACCAGGAAGAAGUUGCAAGAAACAAAGAAUGAACAAAUUACGUAAAAACAACAAAACUUUCUUCGCUUAAAGACAUACCUGCUUUUUAAUCCAUUUUCACAUUGUAAUCAUUUAGUUCACUUGUAAUGGAAAAAAAAUUUCUACUGUCCCGAUAACAACUGCUUCACUGUGUUUUAAUCUGUUCCCUUGAUUAUCAGUAGAAGGGGAUAUUUUUGGCCAGGACAAAAUCUGAUGUAAUUUAUCUGUUAUUUUCCUAUCUUGAACCAGUACAAAGCUGGAAAUGAGGUCAUUGUUAGAUAACAUCUGUAUGUUGAAACAGUAUAAAGAGUCAUCAGAGCUGCCUCAGCUCAGAUCAUGUAAGGCUGGUUGGACAAGUCCUCCACGGUUGACAUGUUGACAUUCAUUUGUAAAUAAAAAAGUCUGUGCUGCUG